AUGGCUAACUCUGGGGAGGGGAAGGACAAGAUGUCAGAUAAUGAAUUGUCACUUGAGGCUGAGAACUCGGAUAGUUGUGAUUCUGAUGGGCAAUUAGUUAGGAGUAAGCAGCCUAAGGUGGUAUAUGAUCCCAAAAUGGAUAUUGCAGAUUUGCAAUUGGUACUAGGAAUGAGAUUUAAGGAUGGUUUUCAAUGCAAGGAGGCAUUAAUUAGUUGGAGCAUAGUGAAAGGGCAUCCUAUCCAUUUCAGGAGGGUCAACAAAGAGCAAUGCGAGGCCUACUGUGAAGAGCCUUGUAUGUGGAGGGUAUAUGCAAGCACUGUUCAGAAGGAGAAGAGUCUUGUAGUUAAAGUGCUUGGUGAUGAUCACACUUGCACAUUUGCUGUCCAGAAUAGACAAGCAAGCUACAAGUGGAUUGGUGAGCAAUACAUUGAGGUGUUUAGAGUAAGGCCUCAAAUGAUGGUGGAGGAGUUCAGAAAUGAUGUCAAAAUAAGGUUCAAUAUUGUUAUUCCUAAUGGCAGAUUAUAUAGGGCUAAGGCUUAUGCUCUAGAGACACUGAGAGGAUCAGUGACUGGCCACUAUGCAAAGCUGAGGACUUAUAUAUCUGAGCUUAUGAGAGUUGACAGAGAAGGGAGAUUUGAAUUACUGGUAGGGGAUGGUACAAUAUUUAAAAGGUUGUAUAUAGGUUUUAGUGCUCUGAAAAAAAGAUUUGUGGAGGGAUGUAGACCCAUCAUAGGCUUAGAUGGUUGUUUCCUGAGGACUCAUCUACGAGGGCAGCUUCUUUGUGCUAUUGGAAAUUAUGGAAAUAACAAGAUGUAUCCAAUUGCUUGGGCGGUUGUUGAAGUGGAAAAUGAGGCAUGUUGGGCAUGGUUUAUCUCUAUGUUGCUUGAAGAACUUGGUGUUACAGAUGGUUCAGGUUACACGUUCAUAUCGGAUCAACAAAAGGGUUUGACAAAUGCUGUAAAGGACUUGGCUCCUUUUGUUGAGCAUAGAAACUGCGACGCCAUGUUUAUAUGA